CGGUUAGGGCCGGUGUCUAUAUAGAUGGUACUCUGUAUAGAUUCACGUGUUCGGCGCGGGGAAGGCGGGGAAGCUGAGUAGGUAUAGUGAGUGCUACAUAUAACCGCGCAGAGCCGCCUCGUUGUCACUCGUUACCGCUCCGUCGAACGUUGAAGCGAACGCGCGUUACGACUUAUUUUUUUGCAACUUGAACCCUAGUAUUCGCGCACAUCUUCAAAUAUGAAACGACAACUAAUUAUUUUGUUGGCCGCUGUCACAUUCACCGUAGCCAUGGUGCCCAAAUUAAGGGUUUACGGUGACAUACGUUCAGAAUGGGCGGCUACGUAAGGCGUGAGGCGAGACCGGACGCCGGACGCAAUCAAGGGCGCGCGCGGGCAGUGAACUUGGAGGAGGAGCUGCGGCAGACGAUGGCGAGUUCCGCUUCCACCGUUGCUAGUGGGGGCGCCACCUCUGCCACGCUGCAGGUCUGCAAGCCGGAGACACCCUGCGCCUGGUCCAUCUACGUCAACAGGCAGAAGAUCAUCGACACAAAUAUUGUUAAUACGUAUUGCAACUGUAAAGUCGGCACGGAGUGUCAGUUUGAUGAAGACGAUGAGAACCUUAACGCUUUCAUCCACCGCUGCCGACCGACGAACCACAACGAAGAUAAGACGGAGAGCUAGCGCGCACAGAACACAGGGAUAGAUCAUCGUACACUAACGAUAAAAUCAUACCAUCGAUUCUAACACUUUAAUACUAUCACGGUAUAAUAGUUUCACUGUGUCUUAUUGUGUCACUGUUGCAUCAUGACAUAAUUAUGACAUUAUGAGUACUAUCAAGUCAAGCUAUUAAGAUAUUGUGAUGUGUUUUUGACGGCAGAAUUGAGCGGUAUGAAUAAAAAAUAACGUAACGUUACCACUUGUAUUAUUGUGGAUAAGGAUAGUCGUAACCAGACCUCGCGUUUUGCAUUAUUUUUAAGAAGCUACUGGAUGUAGAAGCUUUUU